UGACUUAUGUAGUGUAUAUCAUAUUACAAGGUUGCUUCAAAGUCGAUGAACAAGAUAAAGCCGAUGUAAGCGGCGUCUGCUAACCUCUGCCUGCUUGCGAAACUGUUAGUAUAUCAGUUAGUAUACUUCCGGACGUCGUGGGGACUACUUCGUUACUGCGAAAUGACAACUCUACGAUGGGGUAUUGCUAGCGCAGGAAAGAUCUCGCACGAUUUUGUGACAGCAUUGCGAUCUUUGCCAGCUGACGAACAUGAUGUCAUCGCCGUUGCAGCACGGCAAUUGUCUCGUGCGAAAGAUUUUGCAAAGUUGCACGAAAUUAAAACAGCUUACGAUGAUUAUAUGAAACUAGGAUUAAACAAAGAUAUUGACAUCGUAUAUAUCGGAGCGAUUCAUACUCAACAUUUCGACAUUGCGAUGCUCAUGCUGAAGCAUGGCAAGCAUGUCCUGUGCGAGAAGCCAUUGACGAUGAACCUGAAGCAGACCACUGAAUUAAUUAAUUACGCAAAGAAUAAAAAUCUAUUCCUAAUGGAAGCCGUGUGGAGCCGCUGUUUUCCCAUGUAUGACGUUAUUAGAAAGGAAAUUGCAUCUGGUAAUAUAGGCGAUAUUCAUCAAGUGAUCGUUUCCUUCGGUGUUCAAAUGCCUAACUUGGAUCGGAUAGCCUUGAAAGAAUUAGGCGGUGGAACAAUUCUUGAUCUUGGUAUUUACUGUUUGCAAUUUGCCUGUUUGGUAUAUGACAAUGAAAUGCCGGAGAAUAUUAAAGCGACCGGAUUCCUAAAUGAGAAUGGCGUUGAUAUGUGUAUGUCGGCUACUUUGACCUAUAAAGGGAAUCGCAUCGCGACAAUCAUGACAAAUGCGUUGAUUAAAUUGCCAAAUGAGGCGUACAUCUGCGGUACCAAGGGUACAAUAAAAGUACCCGACAACUUUUGGUGCCCGACAGAGGUGGAAUUGCCAAGUGGCACGGUAAAGGCGUCGCUACCAAAAUUAAAGCACGAGCUUAACUUUACAAAUUCCGCUGGGCUUUCCUACGAAGCUGUCGAAGCUCGCAAUUGCAUUUUAAAAGGUUUAAUAGAAAGUCCAAAAGUAUCGCACGAUACAUCCUUGUUGCUGGCGAAGCUGGAGGAUGAGUUGCGCAGACAAUUGGGCGUUGUAUAUCCUCAAGAUUGAAAAAUUACAUAUAUUUUUUAGAAAUAAUAAGAUAUACAAUAUUCACAAUUUAUAUUAUGUCAUGUAUAAAUAUAGAACAAAGAUUUUCUCUGAAUACAUCUAGCUA